CUUUAUUUUCCUUCUCCGUUUCAGAAAGAAGAGGAGAGAGGGGGAACGCGGGAUGAGGGAAGAGGUCAUAAGCUCGGGGACGGCGGACGCCGUCGCGCUCGCUAGGUCGUCUUCUCCUCCUCCCACUCCUGCUGCGAGUUCUGCUGGGGCAUCCUCACCAGCUGCUCCAACAAAUGCAACCAGUAUAGAUUGGCUUGGUAGUGGUCAGGGUUCCAAAGUGGGGUCUCUAUCUUGUAUUGAUCCACAGCCACCUCGGACUUCAUUGAGCACAAAUGCUGGUGGCUCUGUUUUGGGAUCCUCAGAACCUCAAUGUCGACCCUGGGAACGGGGGGAUCUGCUUCAGCGACUCAGCACAUUCAAGCCUUCAAAUUGGUUUGCAAAACCAAAAGGAGCAGGUUCACUAUCCUGUGCUCGCAGGGGGUGGAUUAAUAUCGAUACAGAUAUUAUUGAAUGCGAGUCAUGUGGUGCUCAACUCACUUUUACUAUAUCAGCAUCUUGGAGUCCCACUGAAGUUGAUCGUGCUGUGGAAGCAUUUACGGAUCAGCUUGAUGCUGGCCACAAAGUUAAUUGUUCUUGGAGAGGAAACUGCUGUGCUGACAGCUUGGUUCAGUUCCCUCCUACCCCUCCAUUAGCACUUAUUGGUGGCUACAAGGACCGCUGUGAUGGCCUUUUGCAAUUCCCUUCACUUCCAAUGAUAGCUUCAUCUGCAAUUGAGACUAUGAGACUCACAAGGAGUGCUCAGAUUGACCGCUUUCUAUCACAGCCAAGUGCUUUUUUUUCUGGGGAGCUAGGCUGUAAAGCAGACAGCACGCCUGGAAAAAGAAUAUCUCGAGAUCCUCCCUUUUGUGACUAUUCUCAUGCACAGAAAUUUAUAAGCCUUUGUGGAUGGGAGCCAAGAUGGCUACCAAAUAUUCAAGAUUGUGAAGAAAAUUCUGCUGAGUCUGCUAAAAAUGCGUGCUCAGUUGAUCAUACUAAAGAUGAAUAUGAUCAUUCAGACUUUCAUGUCCUUAGUAAGAAUCAAUUGUCCACCUCUAGAAAACAAGACAAAGGAAAGGGGAAAGCACCCAUUAAAGAACUGAAGUACAAUACAAGGUCACCUUUACUUGAUUGCAGCUUAUGUGGAGCCACUGUCAGAAUCUGGGAUUUCCGCACAGUGCCUCGUCCUGCUCGUUUUGGUCCCAACACAACUGAUACUCCUGAUGCUGGAAAAAAGUUGGCACUGACGCGUGGAGUAAGUGCGGCCAGUGGUAUCAAUGGUUGGGUUGCUGCCGAGACAAUGGCAAAGGAACAGAUUGACGAAGCAGCUGCAACAGCGGAUGAUGGUAAAUCACCAUCAAAUGCUGGUGUAGAUUUGAAUCUUACAAUGGCAGGAGGACUACCAUCCAAUCAUUCUGGCAUGCCAGCACUGUCUGAGCAUUUUGAAGAUGGUGGAAUGGGAAGGGAUCUGAUAAUUGGCCAGCCUGCUGGAAGUGAGGUUGGUGACCGGGCAGCUUCCUAUGAGUCACGGGGUCCAAGCACAAGGAAGCGUAGCGUGGAAGAUGGUGGGAGCACAGUUGACAGACCACAGCAUAGGAUUCUGCGUGCUGACAGCAUAGAAGGAACUGUCAUUGACCGUGAUGGUGAUGAAGUUGAUGACGGCACGCAGGAUUCAGAUGGCCCUAACAAACGUGCUCGUGGCUUUGAUAUCUUUGAUUCAUAUCAUCCACCAUCCAGGAUAGGUUCAUCUGGUGCUGGGCCGAGUCGUAAUCUAUGCUUUGAUAUCGACAUAGAUGCGAACAGAGUCGAGUCCUAUAAAGAAGAGAGUGAUAUGGCUAUUGGCUUCCCAUCACAUAGAGAUUCUGCUCGGGCAUCCUCUGUUAUUGCUAUGGACACAAUCUGUAGUGGUGAGGAAGAUUCAAUGGAAAGUGUUGAAAAUUACCCAGGAGAUGUUGCUGAUGUUCGAUAUCCUUCUCCUAUCAUGCAUAGGAAUCUUGACAUGAAUGAUACUUGGGGUUCAAACUAUAGCAAUCAAGUACAGCAAAACACAUAUAAUCAACCUGCUGCUGCAAGUGUUGCCAGGGAAGUUGGAGGCAGCAGUACAAUUGAGGGGGAAGAAAUUGUAAAUGCAGAAACUGUCACAGCUCAUGCAAGGGAUAGGUUCAGUUUAGGAAUUAGUGGAGGUAGCGUUGGUAUGGGUGCAAGUCAUGAGGCUGAAAUUCAUGGGGUUGAUGUAUCUGUGCAUAGAACGAAUAGCAUUGUAGGUGAUGCAGAACCAGUUGCUGAAGUCACUGAGAAUCUAGGGCAAACUGGUGAAUCAGCCCCAGGACCAGCACUAGUGGAUGAAUUUGUUCCAGAAGCUGUUAUGAGAGAGGAUCCUCAUGGUGAUAGUCAAGAGAUGAUGUCUCGAUCAGUUGGAAGAGCUGAUAGUGGUUCCAAGGUCUAUGGUUCAACCAAAGCUGACUCUGUGGAAAGUGGGGAGAAGGUUAGUCACACCCUGGGUCCUGAUAGCAGUGCACAUCCUUCACUUUCUUGCAACGCUAUGAUUUACUCAGGUUAUGAGGUAUCCAAGGAAGAGGUAACACAGACUGGCAAUGCAUCAAUCACCGAUGAUUAUGCACUCAUGGUGUCAAGCCAUCUUCCUAGAAAUGGGAUAGUGAAUGGGGAAAAUGAAUAUGAGGUGGAAACUGGAGAGUUUGAUCCGAUUAAACACCAUAACCGUUAUUGCCCAUGGGUUAAUGGAAAUGUAGCUGCUGCUGGUUGUAACAGCGAUAGUGGUUCCAGCUCAAGCAAUUCAGAAGUUCAUUGUGGUUGGGAACUUACCCUGGAUGCCCUGGAUAGCUUUCAAUCCCUUGGUCAUGUUCCGAAUCAAAUGAUGCAGUCUGAAUCUGCAGCUUCUCUAUACAAGGAUGACCAUGUGACUCCUACACAGAAACUCUUGACUCGUCAUUCUGCAAGUAAGAGGCAGGGAAAACAUUGAUCCGUUUGUCGCAAUUUCCUUGGUCAUCCUCAGCAGGCAGGGUAUCAAUCAGUCGCUGCGACCAGACAUGAUAAGGACUUUGUUCAUGAACUUUCUUAGAACCGAACCGAACUGAACUGAACUCUUUAAGGUGCUCUUUGGCAGAACCUAAGUUGCUUUCCGAAAACAUUUAGACUUGUGCUUCUAUCAUGUUUACGGACAUAUAUGCCUCUGAUUGUUUUAUGCGCCGGCGUUGAAUGACUUGCACUGUAUUCCUAAGUUAGAUAUAUUUUCAAGAACCUAAUGGAGCUACCUAGAUUAGAGACCUGCACUGAAGGCUUGCUCU